GGCACCGACUGCCUCUGCGACUUGACCGGUCGCCGUGCCGUCUCUCAGGCAAUAUUCAGGCCUGGCAACAAAAAACUAUCUGUCACCGGACUCGGGAUUCGCGCCGUGGCACAGACCCUUUAAGCCUACCAGAAACUGUCGGCCGAUUUGGGCUUUUGCUCAUCCACCUUUCGCUCAUUCUCUCUUUCUUUCUCUCGCCACCUCGUCAUUCAUGCUUGUGGACUGACGAUGUCACCGGUGCACAAUCGUGUGCCCGUCCUCGUGUCUGUCUGUGUGCUUGUAAGGGUGCCGGUGGCCGAGAGAGACAAGAGGGCACGAGUUGCGUUGCAGACGCAUCAGGCAACUUGUCAUGA